CUUUAUGACACAAGAGCAGCUUCACACCAUGUUUGUUCUUGGUCUGUUUACCUGUAUUGUGCUGAGAGCAUUUAGUGCUCAGGCAAAAGUGGUCGAAAGCUUUGAUGACUGUAAAGGGUUCUUCUACAAAGACAAUGAACCAGAAGGAAUGGAUCAGAAUGCCAAGAAAAUUUGUCAGAAGCUUGAAUAUGAUCACUACUAUUACGCUACUCUGUACUCAGUUCAUCGCAGGAUCCCUCUCUACAGCGCGUACGUAUUUGAUUCUGAAUGCUCAAGUACUGCUGGAAGGAAAGAAAACUGGCACAUCGAGCCACAGAUUUCCCAACCUGAGUCCCAAACUGAUUAUAUGGUAAGUGAGAGGGACUCUGAUGAAAACAUUAUUAAAAAACAUCAAGCCAUCAGCAGCGACUACAGCGACUCUGGAUAUGAUCUUGGACUCCUGAACCCCAACAGCUUCCAAUGCGAUGAAGGUCGUAUCGCAACGUUCACACUGACCAACGCUGCACCUAUAGAUGAGUCUUUCGACCGUAUCCAGUGGAAGAACUGGGAGAGUGCCCUGAGGAGUUUCUUAAGAAGCAAGCUUGACAGUCAUAAUGGUUCAGCAACAGUCUACAUUGUCACAGGUACAGUACCUGAUGACGAUGUACAAAUGCCACACAAGGGAACCUCUGAAGACCCAGAAAGAGUGACUGUGCCCUCUCACAUCUGGACAGCCGUCUGUUAUAAACACCACCUCAAUGACACAAAGUCUUUUUCCUUUGGCUACAUUGGGGAAAACCAGCUGGAAGGUGGCAUAUGGCUGAUGACAGUCUCAGACCUUAAUGAUAAGCUCAGCAGUCUCUAUAGUGAGCAGUUAAAAUCUCAUCAGUCGAUUAAGAUUUUUGUUGGUGAUUGUUUUGAUGACAGUAAAGAAUUAAAUGAGGUUAAGGGUGUGUUUAACAAAUUAAUAAAUCCAAACCAAGUAGACGAGAUGGCCACAGAUGUGCAGACCAUGUCUCUCACACAGAAAAGGGUCAGACGUUCACAUCAUGGGUGUUGUUGCCUCUGUUAUUACUACUACUGGUGCUGGAACGGUUAUCAAUGGGUCUACUGUGUCGAAACGCGAUGCGCAAAAUGA